UGGAGCGCACACACGAGUACACUGCAGUGAUGGAGUUUACGCGGCAGAAUUUUAAAGAGAAGCUGAUCUGCGUUUACUCGGCUGUACAGGAAGCUGAUUUCCUGGCCAUCGAUGGAGAAUUUUCAGGACUGAGUGAUGGGCCACCAGUCAGCAUGCUGACGAACGGUAUGGACACGCCAGAGGAACGAUACAGUAAACUAAGGAAGCACUCGAUGGACUUUCUGCUGUUUCAGUUCGGCCUGUGUGCCUUCAGAUACGACCAAUCACAGUCCAGGUACAUCACGAAAGCUUUUAAUUUUUACGUUUUCCCAAAACCCUUCAGCAGAACCUCUCCGGAUAUUAAAUUCAUCUGUCAGAGCUCCAGUAUCGAUUUCCUGGCCAGUCAGGGCUUCGACUUCAACAAAGUGUUCCGCCAUGGUAUUCCAUACCUGAACCAGGCUGAGGAGUCUCAGCUGCGGGAACAAUACGAGGAGAGGCGGAACCAAGCGAACGGGGUGGGCACGCCCUCCUACAGCUCACCUACUUCCUGUAAGGGACCGGUUAACGUUCCCGAGGAACACAAGGACUUCAUCAACAGAGUCGUGGAGAAAGUGGAGAACCUGUUGAAUAACUCUGAGAAGACUGUGGAGCUGGAGCCGUGCUCUGGGUUUCAGAGGAAGCUUAUUUACCAGACCCUGAACUGGAAGUUUCCUAAAGGCCUUCAUGUCGAAACUGUGGAAAAAGAAAAGAAGGAGCGUUGUAUCCAGAUCAGUAAGGUGGAUGAACCUGAGAGGAGAAGGAUAGAGCAGCAGAAGCAUGAACGAGAGCAGGAGGAACUAAACGAUGCUGUUGGGUUCUCCAGAGUUGUACACGCCAUCUCCAAAUCUGGUAAAUUGGUGGUCGGGCAUAACAUGCUGCUGGACGUCAUGCACACCAUCCACCAGUUCUACUGCCCCCUGCCUGAGGAGUUGGAUGACUUCAAAGAGGUCACGAUGUGUGUGUUUCCACGACUGCUGGACACAAAGCUGAUGGCAUCAACACAACCAUUCAAGGAGAUCAUUACCAACACAUCACUGGCUGAGCUGGAGAAGCAGCUGAAGGAGAAGCCGUUUAAAGCCCCCAAAGUUGAAUGGUCGGAGGGAUUUCAGAUUUAUGACACGGCGUCCGAACAGCUGCAUGAAGCUGGUUACGAUGCGUACAUCACCGGCCUCUGCUUCAUCUCCAUGGCUAAUUAUCUGGGUUCCUUUCUUACUCCUCCAAGAGCACACAUCUCCGCCCGCUCCAAGCUCAUCGAGCCCUUCUACAACAAGUUGUUCCUCAUGCGAGUGGCUGAUAUUCCUUACCUGAACAUCAGUGGACCAGACUUGCAGCCGAAGCGAGACCACGUUCUGUAUGUGACAUUCCCUAAAGAGUGGAAAACCAGCGACUUGUACCAGCUCUUCAGUGCCUUCGGUAAUAUCCAGGUAUCGUGGAUGGAUGAUACAUCAGCGUUUGUGUCUCUCAGCCAGCUGGAGCAAGUGCAGAUUGCGGUGAACACCAGUCAGUAUGCGGAGAGUUACCGAAUCCAGACGUACGCGGAGUACAUGGAGUCCAGACAGGAAAACACGCACUCGCGCAGGAGGUGGCCCGAGGACGGGUGGGCGGAGCCGGCGUACAGGUCGGUUGCCAUGACGAGGCAGCAUGACAGAUCGUCACUGAAGAGGAGCAUCAGCCCUACAGAUCAACCCUCAGAUUUUAGUGGUGUUGCAGACAGCAACUGGUGUAACUAUGCCAAUGCGAAGAGGGUCAAAGCUGAUGGUGAAAUUUACGCUGGUACGAGUGCAGAAUCCAGUAUCGAUGCGGCAGACUCCAGUACAGCAGCCGAUUGGCUCGACACAUCACAUGAUGGGGUAGGAGCGUCAACAAGCCCAAAACAAGAGGCGGAGUCAAUGGAAGCCUGGAUUCAACCCUCAACCAAUAAGGAGAAUCAGGGUUCAUCAGGACUAUUUGAUGUUCCUCAGGUUUGGUAGGGGCAGCCAAUCGGAGACCCCCGUCUGAGAACACUACUGCUCAAAAGCUGAUCUGACGACUGUCUGAGAUGGCACUUAUCCAACCAACCAACCAAUGAAAGACCUCUAUUUGAGAACACGACUACCUACGGCCGCUCUGUGCGAGAUUGUGUGUCGCACCAAUUAGAGGCCUCCACUUAAGAGCAUGUCCCCUGACGGCUGAGCAAAAGAAUUAACUGAAAUACAGUCAGAUUCAACAAGUUAAAGCCAUAAAUGUCCAUGCAUCAUCGCACACUAUUUAUACUGAUAGCUUAUUACCAGACGUGGCUGCGUGUAUGUAUGAUUGUGGUGUGUUUUAAUGUGGUUAAUAUUGACGCUAGUUAACGGUGUAGUGUGCAGCUGUUGUGACUGAUUCUAAAACGGGCGUAUAAGGUUCAAACAAGCAUAAUUAUCAUAUUUUUAAAUAACUGUUCCUUUUGUCAGUUUUCUUUUUUUUAAGCUGGUGUAUGUGAACGUUUUCCUGUACCCUAACCCCAACCCCCUUCCUUUUUAGUGAAUGCCCAUUGGGAGCAGCUCUAUUUAUUCCCACUGUGUGUUUGUGUGUGUGUUUGUGUGUGUGUUUGUGUGUGUGUGUGUGUGUGUGUGUGUGGCGGCGUGUUUGUCCUUCCAGUACAGUCACAGCAAAGAAAAGAAUUGUUUAUGAAAAUGUGUAACUUCAUUUUUUUGUAUGAUGUGAUCCUCUUUCAAAGAGGAUAAAAGAAUUAAAGAAUGUUUCUUAGUA